AUCUAGUAACCACUGUCGUAAGAAGAGUUAAAAAUAAAAAGCAAAUCAAUUAACGUAAAUAAGUUUUUGUUAAAAAAAUUAGACAAAACAAAGAACUGUAUGUGAAUAAUAGACCUGGAAUUUAUUGUUUUGGAUUUCUAACCCUGCACAUUUUAUUUUGUUUAAUACAGUUUCAAACAAUAUUCUAUGAACUCGGAAGAAAAAUCUAAUAGUGAAGACGUUGCUUCAAGGAUUGACCAAGAGGCUUCGUCUAGUGCUGUUGGAAGUGACUCUGAAUCAUCAAAUUCAAGCGAUAAAAAAGACGAUAUGAAGCGUGUAGCAGCAAAAAAACUAAUAGAAAAAUAUUUUUAUCAAUUGACAGACGGUUGUGGUAAUCCUGCCUGUGAUAAUAAAUACUGUGCAUCUAGCGAAGAGUUUAUUUACAAAGUUGAAAAUCUUACUCCAAAUCAAGCAGCUGCAGAAGCAAUCCAGCUUUUCUCACAAGACGCCCGGUUAUGUGAUAGGCAUCCAAACAAAAUGCCAAGAACUCACAAUGAAAAAAGACUCUUGGGCAGUAUGUCCAAUAGGAUCAAUCACAAGAAUCCUGUAACACCUUCAAAUGAUAUAAUGAUAAACAAUAGCUCUAACAGUAAAAACAGAUUUAAAGAAUUUAAGAAAGAAAAGACAAUUCCUUUUCUAACAGAAGAAAGACUGUUCGAAAUCCUGGACGAUUGCGAAGAACACAAAAAUUAUGCGAGGCUUAUUCGCACCCUAGGAGAGAUUUACUCAAGUAUUGAUUCACUUUCACGCAGUUUUCUGCAAUCAGAUACCUCUCCCGUACCUGACAUUCUGGACAGAGCUGCAGGCGAUCUUAGCGGUCUUAAAAAGGAGGUAGUUCGUUCUUUGGAAGGGGAAAAGGACAAGGACGAAGACAGUUGCAUGGUGUCCCCUUCGAGCGAUCGUGGCACCAAGUCCAACCUACCAGUAGACCUGCCCUCCGUUCGAAGAGCUUACACGGCCCUCUUCAAACUUCCUACAUCUAUAUUCGAAAAUGCCUUAGUCAAUGCACUAGUCACUUUAGCCGGAAACUUGCAAAUGGAAUUGACCGCCAGGAUGAAUCAGUACUCUGAUGACGACAUUAUUAACACUUUAUUGAUCGUCUUUGAGAUACCAGCACUGGGAUCCGGUGACUUUUUGGAGACGGCCCUUCCAGCUGUAUGCAGGGCCGCAUCAGGUUUGUCGGUGGAAAUGCAAGCAAAAUUGGCCACUGCGUGGUCAGAGCAGGGCCGCACCAGUAUACGUAUGAUCUUAGAGAAUCUACACCAACUAGUCACCCUAAGGGUUAUUGUGACCCAGUUUCACAGGGACUUCUACGUCCAAGACGAAAAUAUUAUCACUUCGGCUACCAAAUUGAUGAAAGUGUUGUAUUACUCGAAUGUACUCGCGGGGGAGUUAGAAUCUGCUCACUUGAGAUACGACGAUUAUAGUUCGGCAGAUGACCCACAUUGGGGUGCAAAACAGCCAAAAAAUGUGCUGCCAGUGGAUUUAUUGGCUCAAGUACUCGGUGUAAAUAUUCUAGAUUGUCGUAAGCCCUAUAUACCGUUUAGUGAAUUUUAUAAUGAGCCCCUUAGCGAUGCGGUCGAAAUGGAUAAAGAUUUUGCUUAUUUUAAAAGCGAAUUAGGAAAGUUCAGUUUUAUGAACUACGCCUUCAUUUUGACCCCUGCUACCAAAACAUUAGGAUUAUAUUUUGAUAACAGGAUAAGAAUGUACUCUGAGAGAAGGAUAAGUUUUUUUCAGAGUGUCGCCGGUCAACCUUCGAAUCCUUACCUACGCCUUAAAGUCAGAAGGGAUCAUAUUAUAGACGAUGCCUUAGUCGAGUUAGAGAUGAUUGCCAUGGAGAACCCGUUAGACCUAAAGAAACAGCUGGUCGUGGAAUUUGAAGGUGAACAAGGUAUCGACGAGGGCGGUGUAUCUAAAGAAUUUUUUCAGUUGGUUAUAGAGGAGAUUUUUAAUCCGGAUUAUGCCAUGUUCACAUUCGAAAAUGAUUCGGAAACGGCUUGGUUUAAUCCAACAAGUUUCGAAAGUGACGCCCAGUUUACGUUAAUCGGGAUAGUUUUAGGCCUGGCCAUUUACAAUAACAUUAUUCUAGCAGUUAAUUUCCCAAUGGUCGUUUAUAGGAAGUUGAUGGGGAAAAGGGGAUCUUACGAAGACCUUUUAGAAUGGAAUCCUACAAUAUACAAUAGUUUAAAGCAACUUUUGGAGUAUGAUGAGCCAGAUAUUGAGGACGUUUUUAUGCAGACGUUUCGAAUAAGUUAUCAGGACGUUUUUGGAUCAAUAAUUUAUCACGAUCUGAAGGAAAACGGCGAUCAGAUCAAUGUUACGCACCAAAAUAAACAUGAAUUUGUGGAUUUGUACGCCGACUACAUGUUGAACAAAUCAGUCGAGAAACAGUUCAGGGCCUUCUACAGGGGCUUUCAAAUGGUCACCGACGAGUCCCUAUUGGAAUUGUUGUUUCGUCCUGAAGAAAUUGAACUUCUCAUAUGUGGAAGUAAAAAUUUCGACUUUGACGAGUUGGAAGGGGCCACAGAAUACGAUGGGGGUUACACGAGUGAUACACCUAUAAUAAAACACUUUUGGUCAGUGGUACAUUCGUUAUCGAUGGAGGACAAACGAAAGUUGCUCCAGUUCGCAACAGGGUCGGACCGAGUACCUUUAGGAGGCCUUAGCAAAUUGAAAUUGGUCAUUGCAAGAAACGGCACCGAUUCUGACAGGUUACCAACAGCGCAUACAUGUUUUAACGUGCUCCUCCUCCCGGAAUACGACACGAAAGAAAAGCUCAAAGACAGACUUAUCAAAGCCAUCAAUUAUUCGAAAGGAUUCGGUAUGUUGUAAAUAAUUUUUGUUGUUUCCCGUGUUUAUUGAAUCGUGAUCGGAAAUGACGGUUGUAUAAGAGGUGGUAAAUGUGGUCGUUUUUCGCGACAAAUGAACGAAAACAGAAGCCGAAUGACGAUUGUCAGUCUCGUUGAAUUGUAUUGUAAGAAAAGGAAGUGUUCGUCCAAAUGUGGACGUGUUACGGUGAGGAUUGUUGAUUUUCAUUUAAUUUGUCUAUUAUUAUAUUUCUUUCCUUUUUUUAAAUUAAGUGGAAAAGUGAUUUUCCCUACUCGUCUUUUUUUUUUUCGAGGGCAAUACUAAAAAAAAGAUUUUAAGUUUAGCUCACGCUUUAUUAAAUUUUCCCCGAUGUAAAUUGAAUUGUACACACUUAUACAGCUUAUUAUCACUAUUAUUAUACUAUUAUCAUGCUAAAAACAAGAGAGCAUGUAUAAUAGUCUUGGUAAUUUUAUAUGGAACUCCCAGCCUAAUAUUCGUUUUAUAUAAUUAUAAUAAAGUGUGUAUGUGUUAUUACUACUAUUAUUAUUAUUAUCAUCAUGUCGUCAUUGUUAAGUAAUCAGUUUAUUCUCAUUUUUUAUCAUUAUUUUUAUUGUUUAUUUCGUUCUUUCGUUUUGUAAAUAUUUGCAAUUAUCGUAGGAACUCUUAAUUUAAACGUUUUAUGUAUUUGAGUGUCAAAAAGUAAACAUUAAAAUAAAU